AACUCCCAACGUGUGUCAAUCAUUACUGUGCCUUUAGGAGACCUUUCUACAGGCAAGGAAUCUGGUACAGUUACUCCUUCUAAGGAGGUUGAUGAGGAUGAAGUAGCCUUGAACCUCGUGUUCAAAAGAAAGUUUGGGUCCUCGCCAAAGGAUCGAGUGACUAAACAGAAGCACGUUGCCAAAAAGGAGCCAACCACAAGACAAAAAGCAAAAGCCUAGUUAGACUCAACCCUGAAAGCUAACAAGGAGAAAAGCUCCUUAAAGAAGAAGAGGCGUCUAGUCAAAAGGUUUUUGGUAGAUAAGGAUGAGGUGUCACCAACUGAGGUGGUGGAAGUUGAUGAGGAAGAAAAUGAAGUGGAGGAAACUCCACUUGAGAGAAAAAGCUCUAAGGAAGAAAAAAUGAGGAAAGGUAAGUCAGCAGUUGUUGCUGCAAAGGAACCUGGUGCUGAGGUUGAAGAAUCUGAGGAAAAUAAAAAAAAAACCUACCCUCUCAGGAAAAGAAAGACAAGUGCGGGUGAGGAACCUGGUUCCUCAUCAACGAAACAGAAAACUGAAAUAACAGAAUGGGAAAGGAAAGAGGUUUUGAAAACUUAGAAAGUACUGAAUGGAAGGGCAUUUGAUCCCGAGAUUGCUGAGAAGCCUGGGAUGAGGGAACUUUUGGAGAUGGUGGAAUUUCAGAAAUGGAGUCAUCUAUUUAAACCUCUAGUUCCAAGCUUGUUUGAAGAUGAAGUAGUGGUGUUUUAGACCAACUUGUUUUUCACAGAUGAAUCUUUAUUUCUGCAUGUGAAUGGUUCAGACUUCACUCUUGAUGAAGAGAAAAUUGGGGAAAUUCUUGGAGUUUCCACUGACGGCGAAGAUAGUUAAAAAUAUAUCAGCCUCAGUGGAGUUCUUGAACAUCAUUGCAAAGCAGGAGGGGACCAUAUCGGGGGAACAGCUAUACAAAAAACAGCUCAAGCCAGAGUACCAGCUCCUGUUUGAACUGGUAAAAAAGGUGUUGUUGCCCCAUGAUGAAAGGAGAUCUAUGGCAGCCAUCCCAGACUUGUAUCUAAUAGAAGCGUUGGCCAACUUCACUCCAGUCAGCUUGCCUGCUCUGAUGAUCGAGCAUAUGAAAAAAGUGGUCACGGUUAAGGAAGGCAGGCAUGGAUUGGCAUAUGGUUUCUUUCUCACCAAAGUGUUCGAGCACUUUGAAAUCAAGGUUGGAAAGGUGAUUGUGGGAACCAGAAAGCAAAUGUUUACUCUGGGUACUCUUGAGGACUGCGAAUGCGUGCCAAAGAAGGGAGGUUUUGGCAGAAGCUCAACGAUCUCGAGUCUGAUUGAUGCCCAGGAAAGGGCAACUGAGGAGACCAACAAGUUGAGGGUUGAAAAUGCCAUUCUGAAGACUGAGCUUCAGCAGUGUGCAAAAGAAAGGGAGGAGCCAGGUGCCAGUGGGCUUUUGAAAGAAGACAAUGCUCAGCUGCAGGCUGUAGUGGAAAAACUGAAGGCGGAAGUGGAGUAACUGACUGGACAAUUGGUUCAUGACCAGCGGGCUGCAAAUGAAAGGAUUGACAAGCUUCUCAAGAUGAUCCCUUGAGCUGGUCCAUCCACUAAUCCAACAUAUAAACAGAAGCAUCAUUCUUAUUAUUAAUAAUAAAAUCAUCGGUUACAGACAACUUGACCAUUCCAUCCGUAGAAUAGCCUUUUCCAACAAAGACACCAUUUCGGGAUAAAAUUAAUUUUCCCAAUUCAAUUACAGAUUUAAUACCCGGUUUGCCUAAAAGUACCCCACUAACAAGAUUUCGAUUCAUAUCGUGAACAUGUAAGACAUUGGUUAGAGUAACUAUCGUGCCCGAAGUAAAUGCAAGUUCAACAUUUCCCUUGCCAAAAACUUUGGACCUUCCUUCAUUUCCCAUUUGAACCUCUUGCUCAUCAGUAACUUCUCUGUUAGUCUUGAAGUGGGACUUGUCAUAGCAAACAAGAACAGUAGCACAUGUAUCAUACCACCAACUAGAAACUUUCCCUUUUAUGGCGUAGAUCUCGCUCACAGUAGCAAUGAUCUCUUCAUUUUCUUUUGUAGAAUUCACUUCUGGUUUCUGGUUCUUUCUAAUGUAAUCUCUGGCAUACUGGCCAGGUUUUCCACACACAAAGCAACCUCCUUGUUUGGACUUCUUGAAUUUAUUUUGAUCUUUUUUAGGACCAAGAGAAAUUCCUUUGCUUUGCUUUUCUUUGUUGGAUUCAAUUUCUUUAUGGCAUUAUAGAUUGGCACAUGUUGGCCUAAGUGCUAUGAAAAGAAUGGUUAAAAGUGGAUUAAUUUCAUGUGAUCUAAAAAAUGUGAAUUAUGUGUUAAAUCUAAAUUGACUAAGAAGUCUUUUAAAAGUGUUGAAAUAAAUACUGAUUUGUUAGAUUUAAUUCAUUUUGAUAAAUGCGAGUUAAAUAGCAUGCUAACAAGAGGAGGAAAUAGAUAUUUUAUAACUUUUAUUGAUGAUAAUUCUAGAUAUACUUAUGUAUAUUUUUGUUGAGACAUAAAGAUGAAGCCUUUAAUACUUUUAAGAAUUAUAAGGCAAAAGUGGAAAAUCAAUUAGGAAAAAGAAUUAAAGUCUUAAGAAGCGAUAGAGGAGGAGAAUAUUUUCCCAAAGAAUUUAAUGCUUUUUGUGUAGAAAAUGGUAUUAUUCAUGAGUGUUUUGCUCCUCGCACUCCUCAACAGAACGGUUUAGCAGAAAAAAGAAAUAGAACUUAUUUAGAAAUGAUUAAUGCUUUGUUGCUACAUGCUGAAUUGCCUUUUAAUUUGUGGGGAGAAGCACUUCUUGCUAUAUGUCAUAUAUUUAAUACGAUUCCUAUGAAGAAAAAUCAGAUUACUCCAUAUGAAUUAUGGAGGGGAAGGAAGCCUAAUAGAGGAUAUUUUAAAGUGUGGGGGUGUCUUGCAUAUUGCAAAAAUAAUGAUCCAAACCGGACCAAGUUGGGUCCUAGAGGGAUCAAGUGUGCAUUUGUAGUCUCCCAUUUCCUUUACUUCCUUGUCCUCUUUCCUCAAACCCCCUGUUUCCCUAUUCUCAUGACUGUUCCAUCCUUUUUAAUCCUGUUUUUAAUGAUUGUGGUACUCUUGGUUGUUUAGUUAUCAUAUUUUGUACUUCUGACUCUAUUAAGUUUUUGAUGGUAUUAAAUUGGGCAUUAUGCUUUUUAUGCAAUGAUAUUCAACCUUGUUUGUUUUGUUGUUGCUCAUGUUAGUGUUGCCCAAGUGGCCAUGAGUUAAUGUUGCUAUUGCUUUGUUUUGCUCAUGUUAUGUACUUACUCUUUUCAAUGAUGCCAAAAGGGGAAGGAAAUCAGGGGAGGUAAAUGUUGUGAUGUUGAUGGGUCUCAUUCUCAGGGGGAACAAGUGGGGAAUCUGGUUCUCAGGGGGAAUAACAAUUAUGAGUUUGUCAUCAUCAAAAAGGAGAAAAUUGAUAAGUUAUUCUAUUCUGUGUUUUAAUGAUUUGACAAACUAAUUCAGGGAACCAGAUAUGUAUUUAGAGAAACUAGAUGGGAUCAGGCUCUAGGCGGUGCAAGUCAACUCUACAGUUGUAAAGCUACUGACACUGUACCGACUGGUAGCAGUGCAGCAGCACAGCUGCAAUUCAAGUGGCCAAAGCAAUAUGAAAUGUCACUUUCAUAUCAACCUACUUGCUCCACCUAUAUAAACAACAUGGUACAACUGAAAACCUAACACUUGCAAAUCAGAAAAUCACUCACAUCUCAAGUGCAACCCUCCGUCUCUCGAAGUGCUCUCAAGAACAAAGUUGCAACAAACAGAGCGACCAGUUCCCAAUCACUGAAGAUGUCUUAAGUCCUUAAGUUUGUUGAGUCUUUGUCUUUUGUUCUUUAUCUUGUAUACCUACCCAGCUUUCAAAAAGUGUCAUAGUAGGACAGUUUCUCAACCAUUCUGAGUUGUUCACUUGGCUAGAGUUAGCCAAGGUGUGUCUUUGCAAUAGAGUUAUUGUAUAGGUCUUGCAAUAGAGUUACUCUAAGGGGGAGGGAUUAAGAGUUUAAUUCUUAGGUUGCAAUAGUUUGUAAUCUGAAAUUUGCUCGGUUAUAGUGAAGUUUGAGCAAAAUCCUACUGCAGUGGUCAUGGUUUUACUCCAUUGAGCAAGUAGGUUUUCGCGUAAAUAUCUUGCGUUAUUACUUUCUGUCUGACUUAAGGAAACAGAUAGAAAACCUGGUUCUCUAUACAGUUUGGUGGACUCAUAUAUUUUGUCAGUACCGAAAAGACUAGUUGCUCCGUUUGAGAGGAAAUGGAACUGGAAAGCUCGAGGAAUGGGCAUGGAGAGAGAGUUGUUCUUUAGCUAUCACAGCAUUCCUAUAUCCUUGUGUGCUUUCUGAAGACACAAUAUCGCCAUGAGUGCCAAAGAACAGUUCUUUUUCUCCAUGCCACUCUGCAAGGGUCUCAAGGCUAUAGUACCACUGAACAUUAACAUGCACUUCUUUUGGACGGUCAUUUUUUUUUUUUUUUUUGGAAUAGGCAGGUUGUAUUCUCACUAUUUCUGCCAUAACGGGACUAUUGGCUUAUCUGAUAGUUAUUAAAACAGCAUCACCAACUGAGAGAGAAGAGGGAGCCAAAAGAAGAAAUUGUAAAGCUCCAACAAUCAAACACUUAUUCCACCACAAAUUAAAAAAAAGGUCAUUUUUUAUUGGGAAAACGGGGAGUGUUAUUACCUUCUCCAGUGCCCUAGAUAGCGGAAUUAUCAAUGUUUUACUUCAGAUCCAUCAUUUCAUUCUGCUCAAAAUAUCAUUUUUAAUAACACUGAAAUCAGAGCGAUUCGGAAGCAUAGAGGAGACAAAUAGUUUUGCGGUCUUCAUUGGUCUUAGAAAUUUUGCUUGCUGCUAAGGUUCAUAAGGAAUAUAUUCAUCCAAUUACAAGUAUUAUCGUAUGAGGUGAUUUUAGUUUGAUUCCAAGUAUAUAUGAACAUUGUUGUCCCUUUCAGCUACACGCUGUGCCAUUUCGGAGAUAGUGCUAAUCUGUAUAUCAACUGGUAUCUAUUUAGGAGAGUGACAUGUUCACUUGACCACUCUCUGUAUGAUAUUUUUUAGCUGAAAAUUCACGAUUUUUGCUCUUUCUUGGCUUUAUCCUGCUGACAAGUACAAGUCUGAUCGCCUUUUCUUUGUGAAUCAGGUACAAGUAGACUGAUUCCACUUUAGUCUUACAUAUCACAUGCUGUUUUAUGUAUGAUAAGAUUUUUUAUUUUUAUUUUUAUGGUUUGCAAUAUGCUUGGCUUCUGAGUGAAACUCCAACAGCAUUGUACUGAUACAGCGAAGAUGAGCUGCUCUGUUUGAGAGGAAAUGGAACUGGAAAGCUCGAGGAAUGAGACAGUGUCCUUCGAAAUGCCCAGAAAGCCACUUCGUUGCUGCUUUAGGAAAACGCACUCUUAAUGAAUGCAACAGCUUUGAAGGUGAGCUGAAAGUGUCUGAAGCAGGACCUCCUGGUUUUCUCAAGCAUCCAACGCCAUAUUAGAGAGGUGAAGUCAGCUGGUGGACCCUGUUUGGAAGAGAGAUGCUAGCAGGAUUGUACCCUGUGUGCAUAUGUGGCCUAGAAGUGAAAAGCUCAUUACUUUUUCUGUGACUUUUGUCUCGAGAUUAGUUCGACGAGAUGAGGCAAAUGACUACCUCAACUUACUCAAGUUUGUUGACCAUCAUUAUUUGGAUCCGGGCAGUAUCCUUAUGGAGGCUAUGCACCAAAUCUUUCUAGUAUGAGCCGAAGGCUAAUUCCAGACUCUGGAACCUCCGAGUAUGAAGAUGAACCCCGGAAAGGGAUAUGUGAAGACAAUGGCACCUCAGUUCCAGACUCUGAUUGUAAUAUCUGCUCUUGAGGUUUACGUCAGAUGGAAUUCAGCUUUGCCAUCUGAAACCAGCUUUGGCUGUGGUAAUAUCUUUAUAAUACUUGAGACAUGAUCUCCUUUCUAGUGAAUUUACUUAUGAACUUGAGUGCAGCACCAACACAACUUUAAUUCCUCUCGGGUAUCAUCUUUGAGUUCUACCUCAUCCAUCUUAAGAAAAUUAAAAGUGAAAAGGAAAAAAAUUAUAUUCAUUCAAAAAAAAAAAUAGUCUGCUUCUUUGGCUCGCUAGUGAAUGUUAGGAUUUAUCCUUGUGAAACCUAACUCAACUCCUUGCUCAGAGCGUUUAUUCUUCCCCUGAUAUUGAUACUAGUGUUUGUACUUAUAAUUCAUUUGUUUAUAAAUGAAAUUGUUACAAUCAGAUGAUUCAUUCUGAAGUCAAUCAUUACUCUUUUCCGCCCGAGUUA